GCGGCCCCUUGGGAAGCCGAAGGGAGCUGGGGAAGUGUCGUUUGGAAUUAGCUUGGGAACCUCUGGCGAUCUGACCCCUUCCUAUUCCAUCCCACCUGGUUUUAGCUGCAGCACCUGUUUUAAAGUGAAGUGAGAAUUCUACUAGAAAUGAAAUGGCUGCCUCUUCAUCGUCCUCCUCAGCUGGCGGGGUCAGUGGAAGUUCUGUCACCGGAUCUGGUUUCAGCGUCUCUGACCUGGCCCCGCCUAGGAAAGCCCUUUUCACCUACCCCAAAGGAGCUGGGGAGAUGUUAGAAGAUGGCUCUGAGAGGUUCCUCUGUGAAUCUGUUUUCAGCUAUCAAGUGGCGUCUACACUGAAGCAGGUGAAACAUGAUCAGCAAGUUGCUCGGAUGGAAAAACUGGCUGGUUUGGUAGAAGAGCUGGAGGCAGAUGAGUGGCGGUUUAAACCCAUCGAGCAGCUGCUGGGGUUCACACCCUCUUCAGGUUGACCGUGCCUCCGGUGUGCACAGCAAGCGCAGGGCCAGAGAGGGCCUCCUGCACAGCCCGCGUAGCCGUGCAGAGACUCACAGCCCCAUGGCUGGACUGCUCGUUCACAUCAAUACGUGGUUUCUCUGUAGCUAACCACAAGCAACAAACAUUUAAAUGUGUCAUCACACAGCGAAAAUUUGUGUUUAUUUGUUUAUAAAAAGCAUUGAGAAUUACAUUAAGACAGUCUGCAUCAGAGACCCAGGAGGUUUGUGUUUAAGAGAUUUAUAAAACUUCACAAGCCGGGUAGAUCACAUGCUGGAACUGGCCGACUAAAUGGCUUCCGGCAUUCAUGCAGUGCAUGGCAUCCUCACCAGUCAAGUCUAAGUGAGGAUCUGGAAUCGUAAAAUUCAGCAUUUCUGACCUGAAACACUUUUUUGCAGGUGAGUGUGAUUUCAACUCAGGACCUGUCUAAAUGUGGAAUUUUUAAAUGAUUGGCUUUUUUUCCAUUUUUAGACAUGUAAUUCUACAGAUUCUAACUUUUUCUGACCUUCUACAUGUGCCAGUGCUGGCAAAAAGAACUGUUUUUUGAAUAUUAAGGUGCAUGUAAGAAUCAAGUAAUGAGCAAAACCCUUUAAACACAGAAAUCCUGAGUUCCUCUUGUUGGUGGGGUCAAGCAGUUCUGUAGCAAAUAAAUCCUUUGAAAGAGCCCCAAA